AUGAUCCGCUCUCUCAUCCGCUCGUGUCCAUGUCGGAUACCGCGCGUGCUCUUCACCCGUCGCCGUCCGCCAUCGCCUGUUGCCCCUCCCGUCGAUCACCGUUCGUUCAGCAGAGUCCGAGCUCAAACACCAACCCGACGAGCACCUGGACCACCGUCACAAUACCCAACAUGGCAAUUCGACUCCACCGUCAGGGCCUUUCCCUCACCGCGGUCGUUCUCGUCGACUUGUGCACCUCGUCAGCUCACCGUCCCGGUCGAGGCCCCUGAAAAGAUCAGGGGUGAGGCUGAGACCGAGGCAGCAACCAUACCCUCUUUGGCGGCUCGACCCUUCAAGCUCCGUCCCUACCAGAUCGACUGCAUCAAUACCAUUCUCGACACUCUAUCCACGACCGAGCUUUCUCGUCUCGGCAUAUCCUCUCCAACCGGUCAGUCCAGAAGACUCGCCACAAUCGAGCAGAUUUCUCACCCCAACCCUCGGGGAAUGACCUCCCUACAGGCAGCGGAAAAACAGCAAUGUUCACCGAGUUGAUUCCCCGACUACCGGCAAGGAUACAUCCCGAUACGGCACAAUUGGCAAAUCGCGUCUUGAUUCUGGUCGGCACCAUUCAAUUGGCCAAGCAAGCCGCCGAGGUGGUGAAGACGACGUAUCCUGCCUUGGUCAGUCGUUCGUCACCGUGUGGGCCGUCUCCAAGGGGAUCACAAUGUGUCUAAUCCUUCAGGGUAUCAUGCUGUCCCUUUUCAGCACGUCGAAGUCGAGCAAGGUGACAACGACGCAAGUGGAUUCGCCGACGUGACCGUGGCCACUUUCCAAGCGAGUCACUCGAGAUUCGACGGUCGCGUUGAGAGCUCAACACAGUCUAAUCUCGCCCGAUCUAUUCUAGACUCUUGCUAGAAGCGAUCUUGCACGUUUGGACAAGUUCGAUCCGAGUACUUUCAAGGCCGUCAUCGUCGAUGAGGUGCGCACCCGAAAGCGGCUCCCCACAAGCUCAGGUUCCAUACUGACACCGACGUGUGGACCACUGCAGGCCCAUCACGCGGCCUCUCAAUCCUACAUCAACAUCCUCUGUCGCUUCGACCCUCGCAUCAGCGAAACAUCCGAGACCUCGGCGGUCAUCAUCGAAGACGACGUACUUGCCGCUUCUCCCGUCCUCUCCUUCUCCGCCGAAUCGACUCAGCCUGAUCCUCCUCAUCUCCCGCCCAAGCCCUUCUGUCUAUCCGCCUCUGGUGAACUCUGUAUCCCCAUUCUCGCUUUCACCGCAACCUUCUCCCGCGCCGACGGAUUGGCCCUGGGUAAAGUCGUCCAAAAGAUCGUCUGGCACGCCUCAUGGCUCGACAUGAUCACCAAAGGUUGGCUAUGCGACAUCCGAUUCACGACCGUGAGACUCGGCUCAGCACUCGACCUCAACUCCAUCGGCACCUCCAAAACUUCCGGCGACUUCAUCAUGGCUUCCCUAGCUCGUGCGGUCGACCAAGCCCCGAUCAAUCGAAUCUGCGUCGAAAGUUGGAAGGAGAAAGCCGAACAAACUCGACGAUCGACGUUGGUCUUCGCGGUGGAUGUGAACCAUGUGGUUUCGUUGACGAAUGCGUUUAGGGAGCAAGGGAUCGAUGCGAGGUUCGUGCAUCAGGGGAUCAAGAUUAGGGAGAGGGAACAAAUCUAUGAUGCCUUUCGAAAUGGGGAAUUUCAGGUCUUGGUUAAUUGCAGUCAGUCUCUCCAUUCUCCCUCACGCUGUCAGCUUCUACUUGCCCAAUCCUGACACGGUGAACAACCCCCCACCAGGUAUUCUCACGGAAGGCGCUGACUUUCCCUUUAUCGACUGCGUACUCCUCGCCCGACCGACCAAAUCGCGCAACCUCUUUCAACAGAUGAUCGGUCGAGGGAUGAGGAAGAGUCCCUUGACGGGGAAAACAGAUUGCCUCAUCAUUGAUUUCGUGGGGAACUCGACGGAAGGUAUCGUGUGUACGCCGACUUUGUUCGGGAUUGAUCCGAAUUUGGCUAUUGAGGGUAAGCAAGUCGAAUUACACGAGGGUGCCAAGGGUGGAGCUUCGCUGACCCACCUUCACGUCCCACAGCCCGAUCAACAAAGGACCUACAAAACCUCGCCAUCACCUCCCCCGCUCCUGAACCGCGAGCCUUAAUCCUCCCCUACAUCGACGCCGACCCUUCCCGCUUAGCCUACGAAGAAUUCAAUACCGUCACCGAAUUCCUCACCUCUCGAACCAAAGCUUCGACGACGAAACACUCGGAAUCAAGCCGGAUCCCUCUUUCGCGUUUGACACGUAAUUCCUGGAUCGGGGUAGGACAGGGUGCUUAUGUCUUGGAGUUGGGAGGGAAAGGCUAUAUCCGAAUCUCGCCAAAGGACGACGCUCCCACCUCAAUCCCACAAUGGGAAGCCAAAGGUUAUCGUCGCAUACCCCAACUAGCCUUCACUCGUAACCCCUAUGCAAAACCUACCGUUUUGGGAACGCACCCCGACAUUCGUCAUCUGCUCGCCACCAUAGACGCCCUCGUCGCUAAUGUCGACUUGUGGAAACCCACCAUCUCGACUCGUCGUUUCGCACCAUGGCGUGAACAUCCUUCCACCCCUUCUCAACAAACUAUGCUUUCCAACAAGUUGAAGAAUGAGAUCCAAGAUGGGAGGAUCGAAGGACUUUGGGUUCCAGGGAGGGAGAGGGAAGGUGGGUGGGUCAAGGUUGAGGAAUUAAACAAGGGGGAGGCUUGCGAUUUGAUUACGAGGGUCAUGCAUGGUGGGAUUGGGGCGUUGAGAAAGGUCAAGAAGGAAGUGGAGAAGGCGAGGAAGAGCUUGAUCAAGCAGGGGUCGAAGAGUGCGUCGAGCUGA